GCCGCCGCGGGGCGCGCACAGCGGCAGCGGCAGCGGCGCGGGGAGCGUGCCCCAGGCCACCGCAGCGGCGGGGCCGGCCCUGGCCAAGCAGCCGCUGCCGAGCAUUGGGCACAUGGCUGCGGCGGCGGCGGGCGCGGCGGUGGCUGCCACCGCUGCGGCCAUUGUGGCGGGGGCUUCCCCGCGCGGCACGAAGCGGCCCAGAGCCACGGCAGAGCAGCAAAGUGCGCAGCAGCAGCGGCGGCAGGAGCACGAGGCAGGCGGCAAGCAGGCGGCGCCGCGCAGCCCCCGGCGGCAGUCGUCGGCGGCUGCGGUCGUGGGGCUGGGCUGGGCUGGGCAGCCGCAGGAGCCGCCGCCGCCCAUGCGUGCCUCGCUGCACCGCUGCUACUACCCAGCCUUCCUCAAGGGUGGCGAGCGCAUCGAGCUGGGCGGCUUUGCCGAGGCGCGGCUGGCGGGGGAGGAGGGGCCGUGCGUGGUGCAGGUGAUGGCGCUGUGGGGUGAGGAGCCGGGCCACAUGUACGCGCGCCUCAGGCGCUUCUACCGACCCCAGGAGACGCCCCUGCCGGCGCUGGGCGGCCCGCGCCAGCUCUUCCGCUCAGACCACACCUACGACCGCGUGUCGCUGACCACGGUGCUGCGCAAGUGCCGCGUCACGCUGCCCGGGGGCGCGGGGGCGGCGGCGGAGCCAGGGGUGGGGGCUGGGGAGGCGGGGGGGCACCCCAGCUACGUGUGCGUGGCGCAGCUGGAUCACGAGGUGAUGCUGCCCAGCAUGAGCAGCCAGGUGCAGCCAGGGCAGCCAGACAGCCCUACCCUAGGUGCAGAGGCAGGCCAGGCGCGCUCCUGGCUGCCAGUUUCCAUGCAAGAGGGGCGCAGCAUAGCAGCAGGCGACGAGGGUGGUCUCCUGCUGGAAGCGCUACACCCCGAGGCGACGGUGCGCGGCGACGGCGCCAGCGGCGGCUGCGUCAUCGGCCUGCGGUGCGCCCACACCCCGCCUGCCAGCCUGUUUGAGGUUGCCAUCGGCAAGCUGCGGUGCCGCCGCUUCCUGGCACUCAGCCGGGCCAAGCUGUACUGGAUGGUACCGCAGUGGGGCGCCUCUGCAGAGCAGGUGCCGGUCGAGACGCAGCUGCUGCUGCUGGAGCUGGAGGGCGGCGCCGGCUACGGCCUGCUGGCGCCCCUGAUCGACCGAGAUGCCUUCCGCACCUCGCUGCGCCCGCCGCGCCGCCGCGCGCACCCCGCCGGCAGCCUGCUGGUGCGUGUGGAGAGCGGCGACGAGUCGGUGCGCGACAACAGCUUUUCGGGCGUGCUGCUGGCCGCCGGCGGCACCGACCCAUUUGAGCUGCUGGACCGAGGAGUGGCGGCUGCGUGUUGCCCCCUGAUCGGCCUGCAAGCAAUGAACAGCGCGGCCCUGCGCACCUACGGGCUGCUGAUGCGCCUGCAGCGCCGCGCGGAGCUGGCAGCGGCAAGGUGGCUCAAGGCGAGGCUGGAGGACACAUCCUCUGGCAGGCAGGCGACAGUUGGGCCGAUCAGGGCUGUCCUGCGCUUCUAUGCCCAGGCCUCCAGCCACUCCUACCGCCUGCUCUCCCUCAAGGCCAAUGCCAAGUUUGACCACAUCGACUGUGGGGAUGAGGCGGGGCUCAGCGGCUGCACCGACAACUUUGGGGAGGUGGUGCGGGAGCUGAAGCGGCGGUGCGGGGUGCGGUACGUGUACUGCUGGCACGCCAUGAUGGGAUACUGGAGCGGAUGCAUGCCCGGGGCUCCGGGUGUGGCCAAGUACAAGCCUGAGCUCAUGUACCCGCGCCCCUCGCCAGGCACCCUGGAAGUCGAUCCGUCCAUGAAGGCAAGGCGGGAGCAAGAGGGGAUGUGGGUGCACCCGGCAGUGAAUGGCGUGGCUCUGGCCGAGGACCCCCGCACACUGCACAACGACCUGCACACCUACCUGCACGAGUGCGGCGUGGAUGGCGUGAAGGUGGAUGUUCAGAGCACCAUCACCAUGUUUGGCUACCACCAGGGCGGGUAUGCCGCCAUGGGCGCGCGCUGGCACCGCUCGCUGGAGACCAGCGUGGCCGCCCACCUGCCCGGCAACCACCAGAUCAACUCCAUGUGCUGCGCCAUGGAAGACAUCUACAACAUGAGCCACAGCAACAUCGGUCGCGUGGGCGAGGACUUCUACCCAGCGCUGCCCGCCUCCCACACCGCCCACAUCGCCAACGCCGCCUUCACCACGCUCAUGAUGGGCGUCGUGGCCUGGCCCGACUGGGACAUGUUCCACUCCGACCACGGCUCCUCACACCUGCACGCCGCCGCCCGCGCCGUCAGCGGCGGCCUCGUCUACGUGUCUGAUCGUGUGGGGGAGCACGACUUUGCCCUGCUGCGCCGCCUGGUGCUGCCCGACGGCGGCGUGCUGCGCUGCCGCCUGCCGGGCCGCCCCACCACCGACUGCCUGUUCCGGGACGUCAGCCGCGACAAGCAGACGGUGCUCAAGGUGUGGAACCUGAACAGCGUGACGGGCGUGCUGGGCCUCUUCAACGGCUCCACCUGGGCGGUGCGCCGCCGCAACUACCACACACACGAUGCCCGCCCCCCCACGCUGACCGCCGUCGUCAGGCCAGGCGAUGUGCCCUACCUGGCCCCGGCAGCCCGCUACGCGGCAUGGAGCGACAAGCUGCAGGAGUUGCGUGUGAUGGCGGCACGGGACGACAGCUGGGCGCUGAGCGUGCCCGGCGGCGGCGGCCACGACCUGCUCACCGUCAGCCCCGUGCUGGAGGCGUGCCUGGCUGGCAGCCAGAUGGGCGUGGCGCCCAUCGGGCUCAUUAACAUGCUGAAUGCCGGAGGCGCGGUGCUCAAGGCCCAGCUGACAGAGGGCGGCGACAAGGGCGCGGCUGCGACGCCGACGCUGCGGCUGGAGCUGCGCGGCUGCGGCCGCUUCCUGCUGUACGCCUCGUGCCGCCCCGCCACCGUGCUGCUGGAUGGGCAGCCUGCGGAGGGGGUGGAGUGGGAGGAGCAGAGUGGAGCGGCCUGGUUUGAUGUGCCAUGGAGGGGCGACCAGGAGAGCGGCGCAGCCAGCCGCCUCGCCGUGGUCCGCUUUUGA